AGGAGGAGGGGGGAGAAAUCCCUGGACUGGGAUGCAACACUGAGAAAGGCUGUCGGAUUUGCAGGACGGGUGAACUAAGAUGGCCUGUCGUCGUCGUCUUGUCAACUCCUGACUCAACUGAGACAGGGAAUCAAAUCUGCUCAGGGACGUGAAAAGAUCCAGAGUGUUGGGGCUAAGUAUGAAUUUCUGAUUGUGGACCAAGCCAAGGAAAAGGUAUCAUGGAGGAUCCUUCAGAAAUCAUUCAGAAACUGCACCUGGCAGGCAAAAACAAGUCGGUAGAAGAGUUUGGUUAUCAAAGGGAGCAAGUACCAACAGUCCAGCAUGUUCUGAGGAAAAUUCUGGGGGACAUGUCAAAUGAGAAACUAAUGAGGCACAAAGGAUCAGUUUUGGACGAUGCAAGGGAUUUGUUUCUACAAGGCGACCCUCUCUGGCUUCUCAGCUGCUGCCAAAACGAUGUGUCAGAUAUCAUUCAAAUGUACGUUAAUCUGACAGCCGCUCUGACCCAGUACUCAGCACUGCCCAUAUGCGAGACUGACAGUGGCGAGCUGCCUGACAGUGCGUAUCACAUGAUACCCGAGAGGGCCUGCAAUGUGGCUCAAACGUUUCAACCUCUCCUCAGUAAACUAUCGGCAAGGCCAGAGCAAGCAACGACUCACCAACCCACUAUUUCGCCAGACUCUGUUCUGAGAGCCAUUUUGCCACAUCUGGUUAUUUUCUGUGCCACACACUGCCAGGAGAAAGCAUGGACCAGUGCGGCAUCUCGGCUUGCUGCAGAUGAGCUGCUGGCAGCCACAGUGCAGGCAGCGGGGUGCAAGACCAUCAUGGAGCUCCUGUGUGGGGCAGAGGAGGAAGGCAGGGGAGUCCUGGGAGCUGUGCUGCAUCUGAUGAAACCACAAAUGAACAAAAACACGUGGAAGUUGAAUCCAGCCACAAAACAUGUAUUUCGGUGGUUGCUGCAGAGGGUGAGGAGGCCGUGGCUGGCUGAGCACCUGGACGUAGUGCUGCCACCAUCCCUCCUCUUCUCAGACGACUACAGGACAGAGAAUAAGAUACUGGGCGUGAGGUGUCUCCAGCACAUCAUUAACAAUGUGCCUGCUGCAGAACUCUUACAGUACAACCGAGCGCAGGUAGUGUACCACGCUCUCUACAAUCACUUGUACACUCCAGAAGUUUCACUCAUUCAGACUGUGCUGCCCUGCUUACUUGACCUGCUCCCGCUUCUGGAGAAAUCACACGUCACCCGCGGACAACAGAGAGCAAAUCGCUACGACAAAGUAUUCUGCCUAAUUCUUACCCACAUGGAGGUUGAAGACAAAAUCCCUCUGCGACGAGUGUAUGCCAAGCAUCUGCCCAUCUUCACUGAGAGGCUUGGAAUUCUGGUUGUUCGCCACUUGAAGCGGUUGCAAAGGGUGAUUCUUGGUUACCUGGAGGUGUACGAUGGACCCGAAGAAGCAGCCAGGCUCUGUGUCCUUCAGGCAUUCCAGAGUAUGAUCCAACAGGCUUGGCCCAGAAUGUCCAUGAGGCUGGAGGUUUUGCUCAAGUCCUUACUCAAAUUCAUAUAUGAUAUGGCAACUGACCGGAGCCCAACACCACCACGGGUUAAGGAGGAGCUUUUACGGGAUGCAACCCACUGCCUGAUUCUGCUCAAUCGCUGCUGUGAACGCAAAGUGACAGUUCUCCUGGAAGGAGUGCGUCAGAGCUGUGAGAAUGCCACAGUACUGGACUGUCUGCAGAGGGUGCAGCAAGAUGUAUAACAAGUCACUGAGAACUGUUAACUGAACGAAAUCUGAAUAAACACAAGGAGAACUUCACAGUC